AUGCCUGAAGCUGCUUCAUAUCCGGUCAUUCAAUGGCUCCGAGAAAAUGGUUACUGGAACAGUGAGUUGGUAGAUCUUCAUAAAUCCAGCUACGGAGGAAUUGGAGUAUUUUUGAGACCAGAUGCAGCUGAAAAAGUCAAUUUGGAGACUUACAGCGUGGAUGAAAGUCCGGAAAUCAUACUUCGUGUCCCCAAAUCAAAUAUUCUUUCGGCCAAAAAUAGCUUUCUUUACAGUCUUUUAGAGGACUACGAACAAAACAGAGAAAAGUCUGAAACAGAUUUGGAGGUUGAUUCGGAGGUUGAUUUGCGUAGUGGAAUGCAUGCAAUGGUUCUCACAUACAUAUACGAGUCAGCAGCUGGUCCAGAGUCACCAUGGUACCAAUAUCUACAAAGCAUCGACAUAGGUAACAAGAGCACUUCUGAUCUCGAAAAUGUCCCUAUUUGCCUUUGGCCCGAGAAUAUUAAGCUGAGUAUGCGUAAUACGGAGUGUGAUAUACUCAACAUGCUUGAUAAUCGAGAACUCAUACAAUUUUUCAUAGAAUGUGUUCUAUUCGCAAAGUCGUCGGCUGCACUUGUUCCAAUUCCAAGUGUAUUAAAGUUGCCAGAAACUCAUCUCAGUGUUGAUAAUUUGCUUUCUAAACACUACGAAGCAAUCGUGUAUUUCGGAAGGCAUGUUCAAACAGUCAUUUCCAGAGCAUUCGAGGUGGACGAUUACCAUGGUCUUUCGCUUGUUCCUGGAGCAGAUUUAUUCAAUCAUGCAUUUCCCAUUGAAAGAGACUCUCAUACUAUAGGGCAGGAAAAUGUGCAUUUUGUGAGCAGCAAUGAAGUGUGUCAUUUUUGUGGAGAAGUUGAAUGUGACCAUGAAGAAAAUAGCGACGACGAAAGCGAUGAUGAAAAUAGCAAUGAUGACAAUGACGACGAGAAUGACGAUGAAGAAGGCAUUGAACUGGAUGAAGAACUUGGCGUUCACUCGCUGGAAGCAGAACUGGAACAACAAGAGGACGAGGAAUCCACAGAUAUGUCAGACGCAGAGCAGGAAACCCUUCCCGCAGAUGACGAUUUACGAAAGGACCUUGAGUCGGGAGAAACAUGCUGCGAUAUUGUGUUGACGAACCCUAUAACUGAUGGUGAGCUUCUCAAUACCUAUGGUAACGACCUUCCUAAUGCUUAUCUUUUGCAGCGAUAUGGAUUUGCCAAUCCUCCAGAAUACCCAAAUCCCAACGAUUCAUGCUUAUUGUCGGUUCAGAUGUUUGCAUACCUCAAAAACUACAAACAAAAGUUGAGUACAAAGGAAAAGGCUGCUUUGGAGAACAGAUUAAUGUGGUUCGAAGAGGUGGGUUAUGGAGCUGUCAAUGAAAUUAUUCAGCUGGAACAAGAGGAACAUGAACAAGAUUGCGAAGAGAGAGAUGGAUGCGAGCACAACCAUACUGAAUUCCUGGAUACUUGGCAACUCUCCCUCAAAAUUGAGUAUAAUGGGAAGCCUUCUCCUCAAACGCAUGCAUUUCUCAAUCUUGUUAAAAUGAAAGAACGGGAAUUUAAAGCUUUGGUAAAGUCCGUUGAACUGAAUGAUUUGACCAGGUUCACAACACUCUUGCUCAGUGAGUCCAAUACUAACCUUGACAUUAUAAAUGAAUGGCGUCACCAACGACUCAAGAGAUACGGUGAGUCACCUACUGGUGAUAGUAUUCAAGAAAAGUUUAUCCGAGGUAUUAUUACUCAAGAAAAGAACAUCCUAAACAAGAUGAUAUGA